AUGCCCAAAAAAUGUACACAACUACAAACUAGUAAUGUGGUUGGCCAUCACCAGGUACCACCCAACGGGCAGGCAUACCCCGGCACCGAUCUCAGACUGGAGCAGCAGCGGGCAGCCAGGUAUCAGGAUGAGCCGGGUGCCGUAUCACAGCCGUCACCGACACUGGCAGGAUUCGCCACGCGCAGCACCGCCGGCCCAGAUCCGCGCGCCGAUCGGGCCACAAUAGGGGGCGCCUGCAAUUACAUUUGCCGUGAGAUACCGGCCGGCGGCGCGCACCGCGUUAUGCGGAUGCCGGCCGCGGCGCGGCGCGGCGGGGUGGCCCCCCUCCCCUCCAGCGGCGCGGGGGAGGGGGCGGCCGCGUGGCCGAGCGGCGCUCCGCACACGACCGGCGCACGGCAGCCGGCGGGCGAGCGGCGGCCGCAGUCAGUUGCGCGCCGGACGAGCACGCGUGCGCACGCCUCGCGCCACCCCUCCACCUCGCCGGAAGACCGCGCCGGCCGCGUGGACUGUCGAGUGCUGCGUGGGGGAUUUAUACGUGACACGCGAUCUGGUGCGGGAGUCUACGAGGUGACGAGUGCCACGGUGGUGAGACAGGGACACGGGCUGGAGAACGCGGGCGUGUGGCGCGUGGUGGUGCCGCGCGGGCCGGAGCCCGCCGGUGCCGGCGUGGGCGUGGGCGUGGGCGUGGGCGCGCUGGAGCCGCCGGUGCCCUGGGGCUACGGCGGGUGGGCCGCCGCCUCCCCGCCGCCGCCUCCCUCCUCCCUCAAGAGGGCGCUCAGCGAGAGCGACGACUGUGACGACGUCUUCUCGGAGGAGUCCUCCAAGGACCGGUGCUCGUCGCCGGGCGACGCGGACAGCUGCCAGCUGCUGAGCCGCAAGAAGCGGCGCGGCAUCAUCGAGAAGCGGCGGCGCGACCGCAUCAACACGUCGCUGAGCGAGCUGCGCCGACUCGUGCCCGCCGCCUUCGAGAAGCAGGGCUCCGCCAAGCUGGAGAAGGCCGAGAUCCUGCAGCUUACCGUCGACCACCUCAAGAGUCUGCACGCCAAAGGCGUAGACGCGUUCGCGUACGACCCGCACAAGUUCGCGAUGGACUACCACGGGCUGGGCUUCCGCGAGUGCGCAGCCGAGGUGGCGCGCUACCUGGUGACGGUGGAGGGGCUGGACGUGCAGGACCCGCUGCGCCUGCGCCUCAUGUCGCACCUGCAGUGCUGCGCCGCGCAGCGAGAGCUCGCCGCCAAGCAGGCCGGCCCGCCGCCCCCCUACGGCGCCGAGCACCCGUUCGCCGCCGAGCUGGCGGCCGCCUCCUCGGGGGCGGGCGCCUCCUCCGGGGGCGGCGGUGGCGCCGCCGGUCUCCACCACGGCUCGCACCACCAGCAGCAGCAGCAGCACCAACACCAGCACCAAACGCAGCAGCAGCAGUGCCACACGCCGCCCACCUCCACCACCGUCUCCUCGGCGGGCAGGCACCCCCAGCAGCAGAACCCCGCGACGACGAGCGCCACGUCGGCGGCCGGCGCCGCCUCGCUGGGCUACGCGGCGCCGCCGCCCUCGCAGUACCACAUGAGUCUCAACUCGUUCCCCUCGGCGUCGGGCGGCGCGCACCACCAGACGCCCUUCAACUCGGCCGGCGCCAAGCCGUACCGGCCGUGGGGCGCCGAGGUCGCCUACUGAACGGCCGUGUUCCGCCGACUCACGUCUUCGUCUGCGGACUAUACUCCGAGGACGUACGUCGAAGAGACUCUUCGUUAUUCUUCUAGUCUCUGGGAAACCUCGCAGCAGUAGCAACGAUUUCUAUACGGCUACAGAUCAACUUCGAGGGUCGACCACAUAUAUACAUAAACGAGGAGAAAGCUUCACUAUGCAGCAUCGUGGACCAAGCUUAAACAUUAAAAUUCUUUCUAACUGGAACGCAGAGCCGUUCCGUCCUGGCUUACAGAGCAGCACAGUAUUCUACUCUACCCUCGCUUCUUGCCUACCUUUUGAUACACCAUCGUAAUACUCGUACUUUUGUAAGGAGAAAUUUGACAGAUCCAAUCAAAUUAUAUGAAUUUACGCCAUUCAACUCUCUAUUCCUCUCUGUGCUUCGUUACGGGUAAUAAGAAGAAAUAAACACGAGAAAAGAAACUUUCUUUUGACACUGAAGAGUACCAGUAAGAUAAAAUUUGAUUAGUUGUCUGUGGGAAAUAUAGUAACGCAGAAUAAAUAUCUGUCUAUCAAACAGGCGAAUUCGAUGCAGGAAAUACAUCACUAAAACUGAACUGACCUUCAGUAUUUAAAUGAAAUUAUGUCACAAACAUUUUUUUUUAAAUUUAUUUCGAACAUGAUAGGUUCUAACAACCAAAAUAAUAGAGAAUUUAUUUUCUAAAUAUUUUUAAGACAGACAAAAUUGAAUGUUGUAGCAAAUCAGGUAUCCUGCCAGCGUAAAUGAAACAAAGAAUCAGAACAUUAUUCUACAUAUGUUAAUCUUUACGAGUUGAUUUUUGUCACCUGAGUAAUAGUAUUAUUUUAGUCUCGUCGUAGAAGUUCACCAAACCCAUACACAGCAAACUGAUCUUUGCUUCCUUACUUUGUACCUAACUCUAAAUAAUAAUUGGAUUGUAGGCAACAUAACUGAGGAGCUGCCUCGUACUGUUCUUUCAAUUUCCCCUAGUUAACUCAAGUAUUUUGUGAUAUUGUCUGGUAACUGUAGAGAAGGACGCUGGCUUUUCAGCUUCUCAUAGUAAGUGGCAGUAGUAUACACUGCAAACAGUUCACGUUAAUACAAAAAAGCUACAAAAACUAAGUUAGCGACGCAAAAACAGUGAUAUGAAACUUUUAACAGGUAACAGGGAUUUUGAAUUCUGUGUGGCUCCAUCGACUAAUGAUCGUCAUUGGAAGCUACAUCUUUUCACUCUUGUGAAAUUUAGUAUUUCACCGCAGACCUUCCCGUUCAACAGAUGCUCUCCUAAAGCUGGUUUAAGACCUUCGAGUAUGUCACUCAUCGAGAAGAUCAGUACACAAACGGUGACAAAAAUAAUUAAUCGAUGCUGCGUACAGCUGCAAAAGAAAACAUUUUUAUUUAGAAAAUUAUCCUUUACAUGUGGUCGACCCUCGUAACAUAACAGAAGAUUUCACAAGAAGUGAAUUCUGUAGCCUAAAAUAGUAGUUUCCAGUUUCAAGAAGUGAUCGUCACAGGAGAAGAUUUAUUCCCGUGUCGUAUAGGUUUAAAACUUUUGGGAAAAUCUUCUAAGUGCAACUCUGUCUUGCAAAAUUCUCGCGAUCGAGCUACAUCGUGAACGAAACUUUCUACUUGUCAUUUCCCAUGACUAGUUUCCGGCCCCAAGGGCAGCUACAAAGAAAGCACGGAAUUGACUGUGAUCGCCGACCUGUGAUAGGAAAGGCACAUAUUUCUGCUUUCAUUCCAUAUCUGUCCUACAGAAAUAUUGUUGGUAAUGUGACGUAGAGUGACUUGCGGCCCUAGUAAAAAAGUCACGGGGAUCAUAUUCUGCGCCAGAGGUUGCCGCUAUGACAAGCCUUACAGGCAGAAUUAAUAAGUUCGUGCUUCAGACAAAACCAGCACAGAAUGUGCUAAACAAGUUCCUUCCAUUGCAUAAUUGACUGGGUUUCUGAAGUGCCCUAUGUCGUCUGUGAGUCAACCAACUGAGCACAGUAAACACUAAGGUACCUGCUGUAAAUUAUCUCGCAACAUUUUUUGUUGCGUUAUAUUCCAAAUAUGCUAGUCGAUUUGCCUGUGUGCCUUUUUCAUUGUAAAUUAUCUCGUGUCUUGUUUAUAUGUGUGUGUGUGUGAAAGCAUUUGCAAGCACGGCGUGUGAGUUGUUGAAUAAUCACGAGUUAUGACUCAGUAUUACUAAUGUUUCCACGCAAGUGUCUUUCUGAAGUGGGCCGAUCGGUUGCACUGCAGUAUUAAAUAUGUGACAAUACUGGUGUCUUUCUAAUGUGCCUUUUCUGAUGUCAAAUGCCAUCUUAAAUUAUCUUUUGUACAUAGAAGUAUAUUUUUGAGUAAACUGAUCUCAUAUUUUGAAUAAAUAUAUACUAGAGAAUUGAUCUCACAAAGAUUAAAAAUGGAAAUAAAUACCUGAA